UUCUGUUAUUCAAUUUAAUCAUUAAAAGAAGCGAUAUUGAUCAUCACCACACCGCACACCACACACUCAAUUUCCGAAAAUCAUCAUCCUAUUCGAAUGUGCAGAUUUUCGGUUUUUUCAACAGCGAAAAAACCGAAAAUUAUUUUUUUUUCGUUGUUCCAUACGAAUUUUUCAAUUAUAAUUUUUCAUAAUCAAAAUAUCAUCCAUAACCAGCGACGAAUAAUUCAGUAUUCAAUUCAGUUUUUUUUCUCUCCAUUUAAUUUAUUCUGAACAUUUGGAAUAUCAAAAGACAAUUGAAAUAGACAAUCAUCAUCAUCUUCUUUGAGAUUUCAUCGUCAAUUUCAAUUACAAAUCACAAACACACACUGAAGAUGAAAUUUUUCAUUUAACCAGAAAAAAAACAGAGAUAAUCAGAAUCCAUUCACAGAAUAAUGAGUGUGUGUGGUGCGUGUGUGUUAAUGGAAAUAUAAUAGUGGAAUAUUGAUCAACAACAGAAUUGAACGAGGAAGAUUUCCAUUAACUUUUUUUUGUGUGAAUAUCUUUAACCAACCAAACAAACAAUGUCGUUAACACAAAUAACAAACAAAAUGAAUAUAAUAUGGCAACAAAUGCAACGUACAAAAACAAUUUAUCAAAAUGAAAAUAAUGAAUUGGAUAAUACACAAUUACAACGAUGUUUAACAACAUUGGAUAUAAUAUUAUUGGGUAUUGGUCAUAUGGUUGGUUCCGGUGCAUAUGUAUUAACAUCAUCCAUAGCUAAAAAUGUAGCCGGACCUGCUAUUGUAUUAUCAUAUAUUAUAGCCGGUUUUGUUGCAUUUCUUUGUGCAUUAUGUUAUGCAGAAUUUUCAUCACGUUUUCCAAAAUGUGGUUCAGCUUAUUCAUAUGCAUACAUUGCAUUGGGAGAAAUUUGGGCAUUUAUAGUUGGCUGGAAUAUGAUUCUUGAAAAUAUUAUUGGAAUUGCAGCUGUAAGUCGUGCAUCAUCUGCAUAUUUAGAUUCAAUAAUUGGUGGUGAAAUACGUAAUUAUACAAAUUCAUGGAUCGCACCGAUAUUAGGCGAAACAUUAACACAACAUAUGGAUAUAAUGUCUGGUUUGAUUGCAAUUGGUUUUACAAUAUUUUUAACAACCGGAAUGAAAACAACAACAUAUAUUAAUAAUACAUUUUCAAUAAUCAAUAUGAUUGUUAUAAUAAUAAUAAUUAUUGUUGGUGGAUAUUAUUCAGGUUUUUCUAAUUGGCAAAAUGAUCAUGGUGGUUUUAUGCCAUUCGGUUGGAAAGGUGUAUUUGCUGGUAGUGCAUCAUGUUUUUAUGCUUAUAUUGGUUUUGAUUCGAUUGCUACAAGUGGUGAAGAAGCACGUGAUCCACAAAGAUCAAUACCGAUAGCAACAUUUAUUGCAAUGAUUGUUGCUUCGAUUUCAUAUGUUGGUGUAUCAUCCGUAUUAACAUUAAUGUUUCCAUUUGAUCAAAUAUCCGAAGAAUCUGGUUUACCUGAUGCACUUGGUGCACAUGGUGCUAAUUGGGCUAAAUUUGCCGUUAUUAUUGGUGCAUGUUGUGGUAUGGCAACAGUAUUGAUUGGUACAAUUUAUUCAUUGACAAGAAUUGUUUAUGCUAUGGCUGAUGAUGGUUUAUUAUUUCCAUGGAUGGGUUAUGUAAAUUCAAAAUCACAAAUACCAUUAAUGGCAAUGUUUUUCUUUACUGGUUUUGGUGUUAUAAUGGCUAUAUUUAUGGAUAUAACAACAUUAGUUGAAAUGAUGUCAAUUGGGACAUUGAUUGCUUAUUUAGUGGUUAGUGCAUCGGUUAUUGUUGUCCGUUAUCGACGUCCACCAAAUAUUGUACAAUUAAAUAUCGAAGAUGAUAAUGUUGUUGGUGCUUCUGAUGCCACUCAACAACAACAACAACAACAACAAUCGGAAACGAAAAAAAUUUCCGAACAUGAACGAUUACUUGAUGAUAAUGAUGAUGAGGAUGGCAAUAUACGUAAUCCAUUACAAGAUACAUUCAAAAGAUUAUUUAAUAAAAAUAUCGUUUUGGCUAGUUUAAAUAAUUAUUUUCAUGAUUCACUGAUUCCUAUAUGUGUUCUAUCCAUUGUCAUAUUAUCAGUAUUAUUUUGUUUGACAUGCAAAUUAUUUCAAAAGGAUAUCGAUGAAAAAUUUCUGUCAUUCAUAUUGAGUUUAAUAACAACAUUCUUAAUCAUAUUAAUAUCCAUUAUUAAUAUGCACAAACAAAAUAUUGAAAAUCUUCGUUAUAAAGUACCGUUUGUACCAUUCAUACCGGUUUUGUCAAUAUUUUUUAAUGUUGCAUUAAUCGUUAAUCUUAAUUGGCUUACAUGGAUGCGUUUUAUUAUUUGGAUGGCUAUUGGUAAUUAAAUUGCUAAUUCAUUCAUUUAUAACGUUAAUUAAGAUUUAAUUUGUUUUAUCAUUCAUUCAUCCAAAUCAGGAUUUUCUGUUUAUUUUUUCUAUGGUAUCAAAUCAAGUAAAGCUGAAUAUAAUGAUGAAUUACGUGAAAAAAUUAAUAUUGAUAAUAUUAAAAAAUGGAAUUCAUUCGAUUCGACUAGUCAAAAUGAAGAUAUUCUUAUGGCCAGAGAUUGAAUGAAUUCAUUUGAAUGUUUUUUUUUCUUCGUAAACAAAAAAAAACGAAUUUAAAUUAUUUUUUCAAUUUUGAUCAUCAUCAUUUGUUCCCCAAACCAAAUUUUUAUCUCUUCCCCUUCCCAACACACAAUCAUGAAUUCAUUUCAAUGGCGAAAAAAUUAA